CAAAACGAAACCAUGUGUGGGUGAAAAGAAUUAAAGAUAAGAUUGUUUAGCUUGAAAGAAGAAAAACAAUCUUAUCAAUGGCAUCAGCUUCUCUUCUCAAAUCUUCUCCUUCAACUCUUCAAUCUGAAUGGGUUAAAGGCCAAACCCUACUUCGUCAGCCUUCUUCCUCCGUUCUCCGUUUCAACCACCCAACAACCAUCCGAUCAUCCUACUCCGAUGAACUUAUCAAGACAGCAAAAACUGUUGCUUCGCCUGGACGUGGAAUCUUGGCCAUGGAUGAAUCAAAUGCUACCUGUGGGAAACGUUUGGCAUCGAUUGGUUUAGAGAACACUGAAGCUAACCGACAGGCUUACAGGACACUUCUUGUCUCGGCUCCAGGUCUUGGUCAGUACAUAUCUGGAGCUAUUUUGUUUGAGGAAACACUUUAUCAGUCUACUGUGGAUGGAAGGAAGAUUGUUGAUGUUCUUAUUGAACAAAACAUUGUUCCUGGUAUCAAAGUUGACAAGGGUUUGGUUCCUCUUGUUGGUUCGAACAACGAAUCAUGGUGCCAAGGUCUAGAUGGUCUUGCUUCUCGUACUGCGGCUUACUAUCAACAAGGAGCUCGCUUUGCCAAAUGGCGUACUGUUGUAAGCAUUCCAGAUGGACCAUCUGCUCUAGCCGUGAAAGAAGCUGCAUGGGGUCUUGCACGUUACGCUGCAAUUUCACAGGAGAGUGGUCUGGUUCCAAUUGUGGAGCCAGAGAUCUUACUCGAUGGAGAACAUGGAAUCGACAGGACAUUUGAGGUUGCCCAAAAGGUUUGGGCAGAAGUUUUCUUCUACUUAGCCGAAAACAAUGUUCUUUUCGAAGGAAUACUUCUCAAACCUAGUAUGGUUACACCAGGAGCAGAGUGUAAAGAAAGAGCAACACCAGAGAAAGUAGCAUCUUACACUCUUUCUCUCCUCAAACGCAGAAUCCCACCUGCCGUUCCAGGAAUCAUGUUUUUGUCAGGUGGGCAAUCGGAGGUUGAAGCGACAUUGAAUUUGAACGCAAUGAAUCAAUCACCAAACCCAUGGCACGUAUCGUUCUCGUAUGCUAGGGCUUUACAAAACACGUGUUUGAAGACAUGGGGAGGUCGACCGGAGAAUGUGAAGGCGGCGCAGGACACUUUGCUGGUUAGGGCGAGUGCUAAUUCUCUUGCUCAGCUUGGAAAGUAUACUGGAGAAGGAGAAUCAGAUGAGGCCAAGAAAGAAUUGUUCGUUAAGGGUUAUGUUUACUAAUUUCAUAGUUAUCUUACUUUCUCUGUAUGAAGAGAUUGAUCUUUAGAAUUCAUUAAUGGAGGAAGAAGAAGAUGAUGAAGAAGACGAAUGAGGAUGUGAUGGAAAAAUAUGCAAAUUAAUUUACUUUUCGUGUGUUUUCACCCUUUGUUUUUUUUAAUUUAAGUACUUCUCUUUAAAUUUUAUAAAUAUUUAUUAUUGGCUAUCCUA